GGCGGCAGGGGCGGGGCCGGGGUGGUGCCAGGCUGCAGCGGGCCGGGCAAGAUGGCUGCCGUGGAGGCCGAGCUCGGGCUGCCGUUCACCCUGGAGUCGCUGCCCACCGACCCCCUUCUGCUCAUCUUAUCCUUCGUGGACUACAGGGACCUAAUCAAUUGUUGCCAUGUCAGUCGAAGACUCAACCAGCUCUCAACUCAUGAUCCUUUGUGGAGAAGACAUUGCAAAAAAUACUGGCUGAUAACCGAGGAAGAGAAAUCCCAGAAGAAACAGUGCUGGAGAUCUCUCUUCAUAUCUACUUACUCAGAUGUAGGAAGAUACAUUGACCAUUAUGCUGCUAUUAAAAAGGCCUGGGAUGACCUCAAGAAGUACUUGGAGCCCAGGUGUCCUCGGAUGGUUUUAUCUCUGAAAGAAGGCGCACGUGAGGAAGACUUGGAUGCUGUGGAAGCUCAGAUUGGUUGCAAGCUCCCUGAUGAUUAUCGCUGUUCAUAUCGGAUUCACAAUGGGCAGAAGUUAGUGGUUCCAGGGUUGCUGGGAAGUAUGGCACUGUCCAAUCACUAUCGCUUUGAAGAUUUACUAGACGUCGAUAUGGCUGCCGGAGGAUUUCAGCAGAGACAGGGACUGAAAUACUGCCUCCCUUUAACCUUCUGCAUCCACACGGGCUUGAGUCAGUACAUAGCUGUGGAAGCUGCAGAGGGCCGGAAUAAAAACGAAGUGUUCUACCAAUGUUCAGACCAAAUGGCUCGGAAUCCUGCUGCUAUUGACAUGUUUAUCAUAGGUGCUACUUUUACUGACUGGUUUACAUCCUAUGUCAACAAUGUUGUAUCAGGUGGUUACCCCAUCAUCAGAGACCAGAUUUUCAGAUAUAUUCAGGACCCAGAGUGUGUAGCAACAACUGGAGAUAUUACAGUUUCAGUGUCCACAUCAUUUCUGCCAGAACUCAGCUCUGUCCACCCACCACACUAUUUCUUCACAUACCGAAUCAGGAUUGAAAUGUCAAGGGAAGCACUUCCGGAGAAGGCCUGUCAGUUGGACAGUCGCUACUGGAGGAUAACGAAUGCUAAAGGGGAUGUGGAAGAAGUUCAAGGACCUGGAGUAGUUGGUGAAUUUCCAAUUAUUAGCCCAGGUCGGAUAUAUGAAUACACAAGCUGCACCACAUUUUCUACAACAUCAGGCUAUAUGGAAGGGUAUUAUACCUUCCAUUUUCUGUACUUUAAGGACAAGGUCUUUAAUGUUGCCAUCCCCCGAUUCCACAUGGCAUGUCCAACAUUCAGGGUGUCUAUAGCCCGAUUGGAAAUGGGUCCUGAUGAAUAUGAAGAGAUGGAAGAGGAAGCUGAGGAGGAGGAAGAAGAAAAUGACUCAGCAGACAUGGACGAAUCAGAAGAAUCAGAGGAGGAUGAGAAUGAAUCAGAUGAGGGUCAAGGGGAGGAGAGACGGAGGAGGGUCUUUGAUGAGCCCAUUCGCAGACGCCGUUGCUCGCGACUCUUUUAGCUGCUGCUGCUGCUGC